GCUAAAUUUCAAUAAGACGAACAACGGACAGUGGGUUCUUUCUUUUUUCUCUGCAUUUUAAUAAAGGCAAGGAAGAGCAGGACAAGGAGGAAAUUAAAGAUGUCUGAUCUUCCAGGGUUCCUGAGCGUGAGAGUGCUGCGAGGGGUAAACCUUGUUAGUCGUGAUGCCGGCGGCAGUGAUCCCUAUGUUGUGCUUCACCUGGACAAUCAGAAAUUAAAGACAGGUGUGGUAAAGAAGACAACAAACCCAGUUUGGAACGAAGAGCUGACUUUAGCUGUCAGGAAUCCAGAAACACCUAUCCAGCUAGAGGUAUUUGACAAGGACACAUUCAGUAAAGAUGACCAGAUGGGUGACGCAGAGUUCGACAUUGAGGCGCUGAUGCAAAUCGUGAGGAUGGAUCUGCAGGACAUCCGCAGUGGCACCGUCGUACGCACCGUGCGACCCGGCAGACAGUGCUGCCUAGCAGACGAGAGUCACAUUGUGUGGGAGAAUGGUCAGAUUGUGCAAGACAUGCUUCUCAAGUUGAGAAAUGUUGAGACCGGCGUGGUGCACCUGCAGCUGAAAUGGGUGAACAUUCCAGGCUGAAGAAGAAUCUGAAUUUCGGUACAUUCAUGCAAAGAUAUUGGUUCCUCAAAUUGGUGAAGAAACCGGUGUUGUUUUGUUUCAGCAUUUUGCCAUACACAUUAAUUGUUGUGUUGUUCUUCAGACUGUAUGUAGCUGCCUGUAUAUGUAUGUAAUUUCUGUGACAAUGUUGAUCAGACUUCAGAGUAUAUGCAUUUUGCCAUACACAUUGCUGUGCUGUUGUUGUUGUUGUUCAAGACUAUAUAUAUGUACUUCAGCUGCGUGCAUAUGUAAUUUCUAUGACAAUGAUGGGAAUUCCAAA